CACAGACACAAAACCUGUGCCAGAUUAGAGGACCGAUAGGAAACCUCUAUUUUUCUCUGACUUGUUCACUGGCUUUCUGAAAACAUUCCACACAGUCACCGAAACACUGCAUGAAGCAAAGUUUCUGAAAACAUUUCGAAAUCGAAAAUGGUGGUCACUGCAAAUUCAACCAUCGAAUCCAAUUUUUCAAGCUUUGAAAGGAAUAUAAACAACACCACCUCAAAUGACUCUGCAUUCAGUGUCAAUGCGGACCUGGUUAUCCGCUUUGUGUUAAUUGUUAUUCUUUUUAUCACCAUGGUGUCUCUUGGAUGCACAAUGGAAAUCUCAAAAAUCAAAAGUUAUCUCAUCAAACCCAAAGGGGUGGCAAUUGCAGUUGGGGCUCAAUAUGGUAUAAUGCCCCUCACAGCCUUCUGCUUUGCAAAGCUGUUUCAGUUGGGUCCUAUGGAGAGCAUAUCAGUGUUAAUUUGUGGGUGCUGUCCGGGUGGAAGCCUCUCCAACAUCUUUGCUCUGGCUCUCCAGGGAGACAUAAACCUCAGUAUUGUGAUGACUGCUUGUUCCACGGCACUGGGAUUGUGUAUGAUGCCACUCCUGCUCUUCCUCUACAGCCAGGGUUUCUCAAACCUGGCACAGUUUGUUCCUUUCACUUACAUCAUUUUUUCCCUGAUUAUGAUCCUGGUGCCCUGCGGUAUUGGGAUCUUGAUCAACUACCGAGUGCCCCAGUAUUCUAAGAUCAUCACCAAGGUUGGGUUAUCGCUCCUGCUGGUCUCAUGUGUUGUCAUUGGGGUUCUUGCUGGUUUGUCUGAUGGAGGAAAGAUUUUCACAGUGCUGUCUCCUCAACUUAUAGCCACAGCCGCAUUGAUGCCAUUGACUGGAUUCAUAUGUGGAUAUAUCCUGUCCACUCUGUUCAGGAUGAAUGCACCUUGCAGACGGACUGUUUCUAUGGAGGUGGGUUGCCAGAACAUCCAGCUGUGUACCACAAUCCUAAAGGUGGCCUUUUCUGCUGAUCUCAUUGGUCAGCUGUAUUUCUUCCCGGUCAUCUACAUUGUGUUCCAGAUAGUCGAGGCCCUUAUCUUCAUAGUCCUGUUCAGAUGCUAUAAGAGACUGAGACCAUCCCAACAAGAAAUUAAAGAGUACAGAGCAGUGGAAAGAGCAGCUGAAGAAACUAAUGGUCCCUCUAACAGUGAUAUCUGAGGACCCCAUAGUGCUUAGAAAGCUCAAAAUGGACUCAAGGAGUAUGGGACCAAAGUACCAUGGAUCCUGUGACCAUAGGGAAUGAUUAAUAACACAGGAACAACUAUAUAUUUUGUUGUUCCUCCUUGACAAAAAAUAACAUAUGCAUAAUGCUGAAUAGUCAGUACAGAGUAUAAAAACCUUUAACUGUACUGUACAAAUGUAUUGUUUGAAUAAAGGAAUUAACUUAGUUUUUUUUUUUUUUACAUUUUUUAAAAUGUAUUCUGUUAAAUAAGUUUUUUUUAUGGCUUAGAAACACAUUGAUUAGUUUUAUAUAAUCAAGAAAAUUAGAUUAAAAAAUAUGGCACCUGGGGUUGGUUGCAUAAAAGACUGAUCUUAAAAAGUUAGUAAUCUGAUAACACUGGUCAUGACUUUUUAAAGUAAUUUACAAAAAGGUAGAUCGGCCCAGUUUAAAUAAGAAAAAUAAAAUAUAAUAAUUUCCAUAGUAGAAAAAAAAAGUCAAUAGGAACCACCAACUGUUUGAUUUCCAGCAAUCUUCAAAAUAUCUUCUUUUAUGUUCAACAUAAGAAAGCAACUCAUACAGGUUUGGAACAACAUGAGAGUGAGUGAAUGAUGACAGAAUUUUAAUGUUUGCGUGAACUAUUCCUUUAAGAGACACAGUCAUAACAUUAGUGGCUAUUUUAACUUUAUGCAACCGACUCCAGUUUUAAGGCUACUGAAAAGGCAGUCACUUUUAUGCUGUUGUGCAA